AUGUUGGAUAGACAGGACGAGUAUGACCAUGACUUUAAUGAACGAUUGGGGUCGUUAUGGGCGACGGCCAAGCCACUCGUUCAAUCAUUGCCAUCAUUCAUCCAGGAUGAAGCCACUGUCACCGAGUACUUUAGAGGCCUGCACAACCAGCUCAUGCUGCAGGAGCACAAGAUAUUGGCACAGUUCAAGCAGCAGAAAGAGGCCACAGAGAGCACGCUCAGAUGCAUUAUCGAGGAGGUCAAGAUGACUAUUCAGGUGUUGGCCGAGACGCGCAGCAAGACCCAUCGAUAUCUGCCCAACGACCAGCAGCAUUGUGUCGGUGAUGACGAGGCGUACGACAGUGAUGAGGCAAUGGCCAACCUACUGCCGAUCGUCAAUUCACUGCAGACGGCUCACUCACUCGACGACUUUGUCAGCAUCAUUACAUCCAAAUGUCUGGUCCCAGUGUCGCCGGCACAGGAGGAGGUUAACCUGGUGCUGCUGCUCGACGGCAUUGACACAAUGAAGAAGAAGUCACUGGUACCACCCACCAAGCUCGCCAUCAGGACUGACGAGAACAUGGUGUCUAUGCUCAAGUUGAGGUUGCAGGACUGCUUCCAGUUGGUGGACAUGAGUCGCGAGGAUCAGGCCAAGUCGCGCACCACCAUCGUGUCAUACACGUCCAAUGGCCGAUGCCACCUCUUUGACACAAUGAACAACACAUGGAGCGACUUGGGCACAGACGACAAGGGUCGUCCAUUCACGUAUCACUCGAUUGUUGCCGUCCGCGACAUGGUCUAUGUGAUGGGUGGUGACACUGACUCCAAGACCUUCUCGCGUUUCUGCAUGACCACCAGGAAGUUUGACAACAUCGGCCAGCUCAACAAUCACUGCGGCUUCUACGUCUCGGCUUGCUACGAUGGAGACCAGUACAUAUAUCUGGUGGGAGGCAUCUUCAAAAGCGACUACUCCACAAAGGUGUCGCGCAUGAGCAUCCGAUCAUUCAUCAUCGAGGAUGUCUGCAGCAUGGUGUACAGCUGCGCGGGCACACUGACAUUCAUCAAGGACGGCCUGCUCUACAUCGUGGGCGGCUACUUGGGCACCAACCACAGACGUUCAUUGCGAACAAUCAAUCUCAAGACACAUGAGGAGAAGACCGUAAUGGAGGAUCUCACAUUCAACAAGUCAAUCAUCUCAUCGUGCUACGACGGCAACGAUAUGGUGUACAUAUUGGACAGCACUGGACACUUCUUUAGAGUGUGCGUAUCGAUGCGCGAGAAGACGGUGCUGGCCGGCCCGCCCUUCCCCGCAACCCAGCAUCACUCAUUCGUAUACAUGCCCUCGCCCGAGAAGGACAACAAUGACUUGGUCUACUUCUUUGGCGGCAACAAGAUUGGCACGAGAUGCUACUCAGUGCGCGAAAAUCAUUGGACUGACCUGGGCAAGGACAAUGCCGACAGGAUAUACUGUGGCGCAGUGCUCGUAGAGACUACCAGAGCAGGAACUACAACAAACAGUGGUUCUAAGUAA